AUGAGCCGAUCGGCCUACUGGUCCUAUUUCAUGGCAUCCCUUCUCAUAGCUUUUCUCAUCUAUCAGUCCCUAAAAGCCGUCAAUAAGAAAGUGAAUAAUAACGACGCCUUCACCUGUAGUCUCAUCUCAUUAUUGGUGUCAUUCAUUAUAGAAGUACUACUGAUGUCACAACUGGUCUUCAUUUUAUUAACCCCUUCCGAAAUAAAGUAUCAGUUGCUCUCAAUAGUGGUUAUCAAUAGGUUUAGUGAUCCGAUGGCACCCUUACCUCCGCCACCACCACCCGCACCACCGCCACCACCAGCGGGUGGACCGCCUAAGCUCGCUAAGAACGAUGCUCAGGGUAGGAAUGCCAUGUUGUCUGAGAUCAGGUCCGGCACCAGACUUAAAAAGACCGCUCAAGUGAACGACAGGAGUGCACCCAUUCUCGAUGGCAAAGCGUCUUCGUCUGGAAAUAAUGGGAGUUCUGGUCCUCAAAAGCCGAUGCAGUCAUCGAAUGGUAUGUCUGGAGGACCGAUGCAAUUGGGAGGACUGUUUGCUGGCGGUGUCCCUAAACUGAGACAAACGGGCAGUAAGUUAGUGGCCAACCAAACGGGCAGUAAGUUAGUGGCCAACGGACUGACCGUUAGUGCGAAUAAAGUGAACAAUAGUUACACGAAAACUGACGAAUCGGUGCGACCGACAAAUACAUCCAUUAAGACUAGUCUUGAAUCGAAAUUUCAAAGCAAUUCAAACAAUAACUCAUCGUUUUUGCAUCCAAUCAAUGGACUAAAUGUUAGCAAUAAUAACAAAUUCCAUACAAUGAAAGCACGAGAGAAACCCAAUUAUGUGGUGAACGACAGCAAAGGACAGGCGCCUCAAGUGCCGCCGUCCGGCCCCACGAAGACCAGUGCCCCUCUAUUGCCCAAAAAGCCGCCGACAAUCCAGAGGUCCAACUCCCAGUCCAGUAGUAGAAGCGCAUCAAAUGUGAACCGAAGGCCGGGGCCGCCAAAUAUGAAACCCCCGCCACCGCCCAAAAUGGCUAACGGUGUGAACAGUGCUAACAGUGUUUCCCAUCAAACCAUUCAAUCGAAACCAUUGAAUGUGAGUCAAAGACAGAGUUUCAAAGACGAGAACUCGAGUGCAAAACCAGACUUUUCUGCAUUGGUGUCAAACUUCAACCAACAGUCCGUCAAACCUCCGGCACCGCCCAGGAAUGGCAACGGUAUGUCUCAAAGCCCGACAUAUCCGCCACCGCCACCACCCGUGUCGACGAUCCCGACGCGGCCUAACAAUACUGUUCAGCGGUUGCCAUCCAUGAAGGCCAGUGCGCCCACUAUUCCCAUACAGGCGCCCAAAGGGCCCGUCACCAGUCGAGCUCCGUUAGGACCUCCACCACCGCCUCCGCACAGAAGUACGUCUAAUGGCACACCUAAUAAUAACUAUCCCUCACAGCCACCGCCCCCGCCCUCGCUUACCAAAGUAGUCAACCCUAAAGUCAAUAGAAAUGACUUCUCAUCACCCGGUCCGCCCCCUCCCAUCCGGAAUACCUCUAAGACUACUUCCAAUAACAGUAGAGAACAAUUUUCGUCGCGAUUCUCGACAUUUAAGGGAAUCUUUGAACUGCCGGCGCCAUCGACAAUGUCCGCUCAAAAUAAAGUCUACCCGAGUCAGAUGCAACAAAGUCAGAGACGUCGAGACCCUCCACCCCCGCCCCCACAAGUGGCCAAUGGGACGGCGGGCAACUGGCCUCCAGUGAGCGCACACAACAACAACACUAAGAAAUUCUCAUCGAAUCCUAUGCUUCACAUACAGAUCGGCUCAUCUGUAGCCCAAUCCAGUUGA